CCGACCGGGUCGGAUCUAGUGUACGCUAUUUUCUCGUGGGCAAUUAUUGUUUUGCCAUUCCCAAAUAUUAAGGAAAAAGUAAGGAUGACUUAGCGACGACAAUAAUGAUUUUGUGGGGACUCAAGAAUUGUCCACACAAAAGAGUGAUGUAUAUUGAACAAUGUCGUAAAUUCAGACUAUAAAACGCCAACAUGGAGAGAUGACAAGCCAGUUAAACUUGCAGCUGUUGUUGUAUCUUUUCGUGACGUUCAGCGUAUCAGGACAGGAUUAUGACAGGGACUACUGGUUCUCCGCUGCCCGCGCCACGCUGGACCGUCGUCUGCUGGAGACACAUCAGUACAAGGAUGUGGCCAAGAACAUAGUAUUGAUGGUGGGGGAUGGCCUGGGGCUACCUACACUAACUGCCGCCAGAAUAUUCAAGGGUCAGCGACACGGCAGACCUGGGGAGAGUGGGAAUCUUGCCUGGGACAACUUUCCAGCAUUAGCCCUUGCUAAGACGUACAACCUCGAUGCUCAAGUGGGGGAGUCCUCGGCAUGUGCUACAGCACUACUUUGCGGGGUGAAGGCCAACUUGGAAACGGUAGGGUUGGAUGUGAGAGGCAAGUUUGGAAACUGCACGUCCAGCUUCAUUUCAAGGGUGGAUUCCCUUUUGGACUGGGCUCAACAAGAAGGUAAAGCCACCGGUUUAGUCACCAACACGCGGGUAAGUCACGCCACCCCAGCAGCGCUCUACGCUCAUUCGGCCAGCCGCUACUGGGAAGAUGACUCCAAGGUGCCUGAGAAUUCUAGGAAGUCCUGCAAAGACAUUGCAAGACAACUAGUAGAAGAUGACCCCGGCAGACAUAUACAUGUGGUGAUGGGAGGAGGACGACGCCAUUGGCUCCCCAAGGUGUCACGUGACCCAGAACCAGACGGCCAGGAAGGAAGACGUCUAGACGGUAGAAACCUGAUAGACGAUUGGCUGAGGGACAAGAGAAGAAGAGGACUACGGGCAGAAUAUGUGUGGAAUACGAGGACUCUGGAUAAGCUUCAGCUGGAUAAAGUUGAUAGGCUUCUAGGGUUGUUUUCCUAUUCACACAUGGAGUUUGAGGCCAACAGAAAUGUCGGACCGGAGGGUGAUCCAUCAUUACCCAAAAUGACCAGAACAGCUCUCAAAAUACUGACGAGAAAUCCUAGAGGAUUCUUCCUGUUUGUUGAGAGUGGACGAAUAGAUCACGCUCAUCAUUACAACAACCCUUACCGGGCCCUGGACGAGACUCUGAUGCUGGAAGAGUCGUUGUUGGAGGUUUUGUCUGUCGUCGACCCCUCAGAGACCCUCAUAGUCGUCACUUCAGACCAUUCCCACGUCUUGUCCUUCGGCGGUCUAAACACACCCAUCGGCAACCCAAUAUUGGGCGCCGAUACUUCAGUGUCCGACGUGGACGGACGACCCUACUCUACCCUCCUGUACGGCAACGGGCCCGGACACGCCAGUCCCCGCACCGACAACUCCUCCGGGGUGAAUGCCGUCCACGGGUCCGCCGCGCCGCGCCAGUGGGCCACCCACGGGGGCGAAGACGUCCCGGUGUACGCCCAAGGUCCCCAGGCUACCAUGCUGUUCACAGGGACGGUCGACCAGAGCUUCAUUCCCCAUGCGGUCGCCUAUUCCGCCUGCCUUGGAGAGCAGGGGAACAGCAAGCGAUGUCAGAGACGGAACGAGACAAAACACGGGCAAACGGGUGGUUGUGAGUCACCGGAAGUUAACACAAUAAUCACCGGAAGCAAGACAGGCGGUGGCCGGAUGUUGGCAAGUAGCGUGUUGAGCGAUUCUGCCGCCAGGGGUGCUACUUCCAUUCUUUCGAUGUUCCUUGUGAUUGAUUUUAUUUUUUAUUCCAAUAUUUUUUAACGCCCAGAAGGAUCUAUUCUACUUUUACUUGUACAAUUGUAAAUAAACACAUAUUAU